AUGAUUCAGUUCGUUGAGUCAGGUGCUGAUACCGGGAAUCCAGGAACAGGAAACGGUGACGAUGGUGAUGAUGAUGACGAUGAUGAUGAUGAUGAUGAUGACGAUGAUGAUGAUGACGAUGAUCAUGAUGACGAAGAUGAUGAUGAUGAUGAUGAUGAUGACGAUGAUGAUGAUGACGAUGAUGAUGAUGACGAUGAUCAUGAUGACGAAGAUGAUGAUGAUGAUGAUGAUGAUGACGAUGAUGAUGAUGACGAUGAUGAUGAUGAUUAA